UGUUUUUGAAAAUUCGUUCGGAUCGGACGUGUGCGCGCCUGGAAUAGAAAAGUGAAAAACUGUGUGACAAAGUGCAAAUAAGCCACAACGCGCAUGUGAGAAAUCAAAUCAAAUUUAAUUGAGAAGCAGAGCAUCCCAAAUUAUUGUAUACAUAUCCGAGCAUACCGUGCGUGUGCCAGUGUUAGUGUGGUUUUCCUUAAACGCAGCGGAAAAUAUGCAAACUGAAUGAAAAGCUGAACGCAGUCAGCCAGCGUCGAAUUGGAAAAGAGUUACUCGCAUUGGGGACACGCAGAGGUGUCUCGAAAAAGACUGAACAAAGCGGCAGCAGGAUAUACGGAUUUCCCAAGCAGGGCGACCAGCGGGAAAAGCUCCGGGGAAAAGAAAAGCGGUCAACAGCAAUCGUUACACUGUUUCGCGCGGCGGGGAAUGGUAUAUUUCUUGGGGGAUUGGGGCAUGGGAGAUUCUGACUUGUCGUCAUAUCAGCAACAUGUUCCAAAUAUACAGCAGCCGCAACAACGCAUCCAUGGACAUGAUCUCCUCUUGCAACAGCAACAGCAGCAGCAGCAGCUCCCACAACAGCAGCAGCAGCAACAACAGCAGCAGCAGCAACAACUUGUGGCACAAAUCUCCAGUAGCCUAAGCCAGCUGCAGCCGCAGUUGCAGUUGCAGUUCGCCAGUGGCUCCAGCUUCCUGCAACAGGGCCCCACUCCCUCGCCAUCCCAGCAGCAACAUGUUGGUCCUGUCAGCAGCAGCAGCCUCGUAACUGCCAAUCUCCAGCAGCUGUCGGUGAGCAGCAGCAACUCCAGCAGCAGCAACACUAGCAACAACAACAGCACCAGCGGCUGCAACACUCCCACCAAACCGCAGCAGCAGCAGCAACUACUGCUCCCUGAGGCAGCUGCUCCGGCUGCCAAGUCGCUGAAGAACCCGCAGCAGCUAAGCAAGGAUCUCCUGGACAAUGAGGAUGAAGUGGCAUUGCACCCGCUCUCCAACCAGGUCGGAGGACACACUCGCCUGUUGCUGCUCAACCAGUCGACGGUGAUUAAGCCGCUGAACCUGCGCGAAUUGGACUUCUACCAGAACAUUCCGCAGGACAUACUGAAGUUUGUGCCCAAGUACAAAGGCGUCAUGCAGGCCACCACCAUGGGCGGAGUGAAGCUGGACAAGCGCUACUCGCCCAGUUUCCGGGAUGAGGCCGCCGCCGUUCCCGUCCGCAAGAUGAGCGCCUCCAAGAGGAAGCGGGACGAGGUGCUGAGAAUGAAGGUGCACAAGAAUGGACAGGCCGCUGAGGUGAUUAAAAGCAUCUCACAACUGGACAACACCAAUAAGCAAUACUUCCUUAUGCUCGAGAAUAUCACCUCGCAGUUCCGGAAUCCCUGCAUUCUGGACCUCAAGAUGGGCACUCGUCAGCAUGGAGACGAUGCCUCGGCCGAGAAGCGCUCCAAACAGAUGGCCAAGUGCGCGGCCAGCACUUCGGGAUCUCUGGGUGUUCGCCUGUGCGGAAUGCAGACUUACCUGGCCGAUCUGGAGCAGUAUGCCAAGCGUGACAAGUACUGGGGUCGUGAGCUCAACGAGGGCGGCUUCAAGACGGCUCUGCACGACUUCUUCUACAACGGCUAUCGUCUGCGAAUUCGCGUCAUCCGCAAGAUUCUGCAGCGCCUGCUGCAGCUGCGCAGAGUGAUUGAGAAGCAGUCGAGCUAUAGGUUCUACUCCUGCUCCUUGCUCAUUGUGUACGAGGGCUUCGAGGAGAACCCCAUGGCUUACCCGCCCUCCAUGGGUGUGGAUGAGUGGCCAGAGGCACCCAGGUCGGCUACCGUGCCCGGCACCGUCUUCGACUAUCAUCCGGAGAACAGCAUAGACGAGGAGGACGAUCUGGAGGAUGAGGACGAGGCGGGCAACGAGGCUGGCGAUGAGCUGGAGGCGCACGACGACACCGACGAGGAUCUGCAUCUGGUGGCGGCAGACAGCGGCAACGCAUCGGCCACCAACAGCAGCACAGGAGGCGAUGCCUGCAACUACGAUGCAGAUGCCUCCAAUGACUCCAGCUCAUUGCUUAAUUUGGCCACACGGCGUCAUUUGCACAAGCGUGGCUUCGCAGAGGCAGCGGCACGAGGAGUCAAGCAGACGGCGGCCAACAAUACGACCACCGAUGAGGAGGAGGAGGAAGAGCAUCCGGCUGCCAUGCCACCGCCACGCAGUUGUGGUGUUAUGGCCGCCAAGGCGGCGGCGGCGGCAGCUAAUCUGGCCGGCAAGGGCCAGGGCGCAUUCAUUCCAAUCUCUGAAGAGACAGUAUUCCUUGAUCCGGAACCAGCGCUGCCCAGCGUGACGACCUCAUCGCCACAUUCCGGUGACUCGUGGAUGAACUACAGCAGCAACAGCAGCGAUGACUUCUCCGGAUUGUCGGAGCAGAUCAAAGCGGUGGCCAGCGGAAGGCAAACAUGCAAUAACAGCAGCGAUGACGCAAGCUCAGAUUACGAAAGCAGCAUCAUUGGACCCACAGAGGCCAUGUUCAAGCGCUAUAAGUCGCAGCAAUCUUUUGACGCGGCCGCCGCAGCUGCGGAAUCCGCUUCCUCCCCGCCCCUCACUGCCGGCAACUCGAGCAUCUCCACCAACGGCGGCGGCGCAACAGUCCGCUCGCUACAAUCGCCCGCCUCAUCCAGCGCCUCUUCCCUCAAAUCGGUCAAGGGUGCGGUGAAGAGGCUGCGCUGCAACGAUGAUGAUCAACAGUCGGCUGGGGCGCUGGGCGAGUGCUGCGAGUCCAGGGAGGCCAAGAAGUCGACCAUUACGUCCUCGCCCGCGUCCGCGGUAUCCUCGCCAGCCAAGACGGCGCCGCAACUGCGCAGCUGCGAGAGCAUCUCGACCAGCAUCUCCAAUCCGAACUCCCUGCUGUCGGGCCUGCUGCUGGACAACAACAACGAGCAGCGUCGCAAUGCCGCGCUGCAGCACAGCUCCAAGUCGCUGGACAUGUCGGCGCCGCCCACCGAUGACAACCAGUGCUUCGUGGACGUUCGCCUCAUUGACUUUGCCCACACGGCCUUUGUGGCGCGCAACGGCAGCUGCAUGCUGCCCACUCCGGCGGCAGCUCCGGUGCACCACGGACCCGACGGGGGAUUCCUCACCGGCCUGGACAGCCUCAAUCGCCUGCUCAACGAGAUUCUCGCCGAGGAGCGCAUCUAAA